UCCUUUCAUUGAUUUUUCUAACCCGAGGCCCCAACCAAAAACUUAGGAAAAAAUAAAAAAAUCAAGAAGAGAAGAAUAAGAAACUAUAGUAAAUGGAAAGUUCUUAUCCAAAAGGUCAGGUUAAGUCAAAAUAAAAAAGGAAAAGACGAUAGCUUGAACUGUGUGCCCUUGAACAAUGACGAUAGCUUUGUCGCCUGCAACUCCAGCAUACCAACGGCAACUCACCCACAAGCCUUUCUUUUGCUUUCUAGGUAAGUUUCGUACUUCUGGUAAUGUGGUAUCUUUGUCUGCCUCUGCGAAUUACGUGAGCUUACGGGUUGGAGCUAGUAGAUUGCAGCCUCCUGUUAAACACGCUUGGGGAAAGAGAAGAGGAAUUGUGAGGUGUGCAACCAUUGAAGAAAUAGAAGCUGAAAAAUCUUUGAUUGAGAAAGAUGUGAAAGAAAGGAUGGAAAAGACAGUUGAAACUGUAAGGUCAAAUUUCAACUCAAUAAGGACGGGAAGAGCUAGCCCAGCAAUGCUGGAUAAAAUUGAGGUGGAUUAUUAUGGCACUCCAGUCAGCCUGAAAAGCAUAGCGCAAAUUAGCACUCCGGAUGCAAGUUCUAUCUUGGUGCAGCCCUAUGACAAAUCCAGUUUAAAGUCUAUAGAGAAGGCUAUUGUUAACUCUGAUGUUGGUAUGACGCCAAAUAAUGAUGGAGAAGUAAUAAGAUUGGCUGUCCCCCAGUUGACAUCAGACAGGAGGAAGGAGUUAUCCAAAAUUGUUUCUAAACAGGCAGAGGAAGGAAAGGUAGCUAUAAGGAAUAUAAGAAGAGAUGCCUUAAAAGCUUAUGAAAAGCUUGAGAAGGAGAAAAAGCUUUCUGAAGACAAUGUGAAGGACCUAUCUAGUGAUUUACAGAAAGUGACAGAUGAAUACAUGAAGAAGAUUGAUACUGUCUUCAAGCAGAAGGAGAAGGAACUGCUGAAAGUUUGACAACAGUUCUGUUCAAUGUGUAUAUGGAGUUUGUGCAGUAAUGAUGCAUUGAAGGUUUACUUGGAACAAUAGGCUUGUCACAUGCCUUUGUAAAAGACUACCUUGAAUUCUUCAUUGUAGAAAUCACGUAAAGAUCACUCAGGAACUGGAAUGGUCCUUGUUAAUUUUGUUAGGACUUGUGUUUUUACUGGAAAAAACCUCCAAAAGAAGUUAAUCUGCUUGUUGCGACAUGAUUUGAGCUGCUGGAAUUUGUAACUACUGGAUCCAGAAUUAAAGUACUUGCUGAUGGUAGAAUAUCUACUCUCAAUUUCGCCGCUGUUAUCUCUUUAUUUUUUCAUGUAAAUCUGGGCUCUUUAUUUCCUCUUUGUAUAUAUUUGUUUAGCUUGAGUUGUUGACAUCUUGUUGUAUUUUGGUGUUAAAAGCUGCCUUCAUGUUGUGCCUAAACAAGUCUUGUUGAUGCGAAUCUUAGCCCCUCCCCAUUUAAGACC